AUGAGCGGCGACGUGGUCUACCGCUACGACCUCGUGACGUUGAAGAGAGAAGGCGGCCGACACGAGCAUGACCAUGACCAACGCGGCAUCGUGGUGCGCAUGCCAGGCAACAGGCGUGGCGUGCGCCGCGCCAACGGCACCGUGCUCUCUGCCGGCGGUGCCCUCCGCGUCGUCGAUAGGAGCAUCUUCCGCCCAGGCGACAUCGUCGCGUGGGAGUCGGACGUCGGUGGUCAGAUCGGGGUCAUCACGGGAGUCUUCAGGGCGCUCGAUCUGGUUCGCUUCGACGACGACGGACGACGGCAGCAGGGUGUUGUGUCGGGGUCGCGGCCAACUGAGGAGCUCCGCCGCGUCACGGGGCUCGUCUUGGGCGACUACGUUGUGUCUGGGCCAUGGCUCGGCAGGGUCACCGAGGUGUCCCUCCAUGCGGACGUGGCGUUCGACGACGGUGCCCUUUGCACGCUCACCGGGGCAGAGAACAAACUGGUAGGAGCCCCAGCAAAGGAGGAGGACAAUUACAAGUACGACCUGCGGAGCGGUCGGCAGUCGAACAGCGUCUUGUACCCUGGGCAGCGCGUCGUCGGCCAAUCCCCAUCAGUCUUCCGAGCGUCCCGAUGGAUUAAAGGCUAUUGGAAGCCCAGUCGCAUCAGGGGCACCAUCACCAGAGUAGGCGUCGCCGGCGUGCUCGUGCACUGGGUCGCCUCCAUGCAUCUGGGCACCAACAAGGCGCUUAUCCAGGCGUCGGCACCGCCGGCAUGGCAGCCGAACCCUGAGAAACUGGCACUCCUCCCUUAUCCAGCGUCAGAAGCGAGUGUAUGGUAUGUAGGCGACCGCUGUUUCUUUCGCACCACUCCUCCCGGCCAUGGCCACCAGCAUGCUGCUCAUCCGACUGGCGGUGUCGUCAUUGAUGACGAGUCGCCAUCUGCUCGUCAUGCCCUCCGUGGACGACUGACGAGAAACCAGCACGGGAAUAAGCGACGACGACGACCGGACCUGCUGAGGAGAGAGUGGGAGCGGCCCAUGUCUGUCGCCGGCACCCGCACGACGCUGGACGUGCUGUGGCAGGACGGCACGCGGCAGUGCGGCGUGCCAUCGACUUCACUGGUCCUCUUCAAUACGGCGCGUAACGACUAUGAUUUCUUCCCUGGGCAGCACGUCAUCCGCAAGCCCGCCGGUGAACAGACGCCGGCGGCGGCGGUGCACUCCGGUGUCGUCCGAAGCCUCAACUGCAGGGACAAGACUGUGUGUGUGUCAUGGUUCCCGGCCGGUGGAGGGGCCGCCAUCGUAGAGGAGGCUGGUGGCUGCGGCGAGACCGUCAUGAGCGCGUAUGAUGUGGCCCGUGACUCUGGUGCUAAUUUCUUCUACGGAGAUAUUGUUGUUCGUCUGCGGCAUCCAACAGAAAUAACCGCCAACGAUGAUCUUUCAUGGGUUGGACAUGUUGUUGAUCUGUGUGAUGAUAGGCACAUCCAUGUCAAGUGGGGUGAUGGCGAUACGUCAAAGGUUUUACCUCGCGAGAUAGCUGUUGUCAAACCACAAAGGAUCAUUGAGAUGCUACGGGAACUCGGCGAUUGGUUGGAUGACAGUGGAGACACGGACGGGCAGAAGGAACAAGAGGAGGGCACGUCAGAGGCAGCUCAAGAGCCCGCAGCAGCAGCCAUCACUGACAACAAUGGUGCCGAAGGCGUCCAGGAUUCCUCCGAUGGCGAGAGUGACAAUGAAGACAGCCCUGUAGUGACCACAAGGACGACAAUGGACCAAGUUCGCUCGGCCGCGCAGGCUCUGAUCCGGCUGGCUGGUGACGCCUUUGCCCUAGGAAUGUGGAACCGCCGGAAGACUGUGGUGAAAGAGUCUGGAGGCCCAAAGCCGCCUGCUGCAGCCAUGGAAGACGUUGUUGAAGCCGCCACGCUCAUGUCAGGGGGCGAUGCCUCUACCUCUACCUCUACCACCUGCGAAGUGAAAACAAGCCAUGAUUUUCCGCAGUUCAAUGUCGUGCAGAGCCCACCGGAUCACCAUUUCAUUGACAGCAUGGAGCAGGGCACUCCUGUCGGAAGGAAGUGGACAAAAAGAGUCCAAAAGGAAUGGAAGAUUUUGGACAAUGACUUGCCUGACACCAUCUACGUGCGUGCGUUCGAGGACCGGAUGGACCUGCUCCGGGUGGUGAUGGUGGGCGCCAGCGGCACUCCGUACCAUGACGGGCUAUUCUUCUUCGACAUACAUCUACCACCAUCUUACCCCACCGAGCCACCGCUGGUGAACUACCGCUCCUUCGGUCUCCGGGUGAACCCUAACCUCUACCCCUCCGGCACGGUGUGCCUGAGCCUGCUCAACACCUUUGGAGGCGAGGGAGUCGAGCUCUGGUCACCCGAGGCAUCCAGCAUCCUCCAGGUGGUCAUCUCCAUCCAGGGCCUUGUGCUCACUGCUCAGCCCUACUACAACGAGCCCGCAUUUGGGGCUCAUGCUGGCACAGCCAAGGGUCUACGCAACAAUCUCCCGUAUAGUGAGAACACCUACCUUCUAAACCUCCAGACGAUGCUCCACCUCCUGCGCCGGCCGCCGGCGGGAUUCGAGGAGUUUGUCAGAGAUCACUUCCGCCGUCGUGGGCAACAUGUGAUCCGGACGUGCGAGGCAUAUCAGGAUGGUUGCCUCGUCGGCACGCUCGAUGAGGAGGGACAUCCCACGAAGGACAGCAAGAGACGGCCAUGCUCGGCCGGAUUCAAGCUUGCACUACUCAAUAUCCUGCCAAGGCUAGUUGAGGCGUUGACCAACAUCGACGUCGUCCAAGGAUGCAAGCCUUCCUGA